UAAAAUUACAAAAAAUGUUACAUAAAUUACAUCCAUCCACAUAAGUGACAUAACAAACCUCUAUUUCUUCUCUUCUAUUCUAUUCUAUCUCAAUUUCUCAACCUAAAAUCCAUGGCUUCUCUGCUAGCAAACGGCAUCUCAAGUUUUUCCCUAAAACCAUGUCAUGAUCCACCAUCAACCCUAAUUCAUCCAAAACUUGAAACCCUAAAAAUCACAACAAUACCCAGAUCACCAAAACUCACAAGGAUUCGAGCUGAAGUUGGGUAUGAAUCAACCACCAUAAAUUCUGACCCAGGUAAGUCUAUUUCUCCUGCUGUAAUAUCCAAAAAAGAUGAUGAUGACCCACUCCAGAAAUUUCUCAAACGAGAGUAUAAAUGGGGUUUUACAGAAAAGAUUGAUUCUUUUGCAAUUCCAAAAGGAUUAUCUGAGGAAACAAUUAGAAUGAUUUCUUCACUUAAGGAAGAACCUGAUUGGAUGCUUGAGUUUAGGUUGAAUUCAUAUCAUAAAUUCUUGAAAAUGGUUGAACCAAAAUGGUCUGAUAAUAGACACCCACCUAUUAAUUUUCAAGAUAUGUGUUAUUAUUCUGCACCUAAAAAGAAACCCACUUUGAAUAGCUUAGAUGAGGCUGAUCCUGAGCUUCUUAAGUACUUUGAUAAAUUGGGUGUUCCUUUAACUGAACAGCAUCGAUUAGCAAAUGUUAGUAGUAACAAGAAUGUGGCCAUUGAUGCUGUUCUUGAUAGUGUUUCUAUUGCUACUACUCAUAGGAAAGCAUUAGAGAAAGUUGGGGUGAUAUUUUGCUCGAUUUCCGAGGCGAUUAAGGAGUAUCCUGAUUUGGUUAGGAAGUAUUUGGGUAAAGUUGUGGCUACUGAUGACAAUUACUAUGCUGCUUUGAACUCAGCUGUUUUUAGUGAUGGGUCAUUUGUUUACAUACCUAAGGGUACUAGGUGUCCUAUGCAAAUAUCUACCUAUUUUAGGAUCAAUGCUUUUGAUACCGGACAGUUUGAGAGGACUUUGAUUGUUGGUGAUGAGGGGAGUUUUGUGGAGUACUUGGAAGGAUGCACAGCUCCUUCGUAUGACACGAAUCAAUUACAUGCUGCUGUGGUUGAACUGUAUGCUGCUGAUGAUGCAGAGAUUAAGUAUUCCACUGUUCAGAAUUGGUAUGCUGGGGAUGAGGAAGGGAAAGGGGGAAUUUACAAUUUUGUAACUAAGAGAGGGCUUUGUGCCGGGGCAAGGUCAAAGAUAUCAUGGACACAAGUGGAGACAGGAUCGGCUAUUACUUGGAAGUACCCGAGUGUUGUUUUGGAGGGUGAUGACUCAGUUGGUGAGUUUUAUUCAGUUGCCUUGACGAAUAAUUACCAACAGGCAGAUACUGGGACAAAGAUGAUACAUAAGGGGAAGAAUACCAGAAGUCGGAUCAUCUCCAAGGGUAUUUCAGCUGGAUAUUCGAGGAAUGUCUACAGAGGUUUAGUGCAGAUUCUUUCAAGAGCUGAUAAUGCUAAGAAUUCCUCACAGUGUGAUUCUAUGCUAAUAGGAGACAAAGCUGCUGCAAACACCUAUCCAUAUAUUCAGGUGAAAAAUCCCAGUGCACGGGUUGAGCAUGAAGCCAGCACAUCUAAAAUCGGGGAAGAUCAGCUUUUCUACUUCCAGCAAAGAGGUAUUGAUUAUGAGAAAGCCAUGGCUGCCAUGAUUUCUGGGUUUUGCAGGGACGUCUUCAAUGAGCUACCAGACGAGUUUGGUGCUGAGGUGAAUCAGCUUAUGAGCCUGAAACUAGAAGGAUCAGUUGGUUAGAUGCUCUCUUUUUGGUGGCAACUGGAACUUCAUCAGUUAUCUGUCAUCAGUCAUCCCUGUGAAUAAUCUAAUAACAAGUUUAACAGAACAGCUCUCGAACACCAGAUUUUGCAUACGAGUUCAGAAAUUUGUAUGAUAUAUGGGUUUAAAGUUGAGAGUGGCUUUUACGUUUUUGUGUGGAGUAAAUACUUGUAUCUAGUGGGCAGUGGCUAGCAAAAUGUACACAGCUUUACACCUUACGCAUUUUGAAUAAAAAACAUGUAUGUAGUAUUGUGGUGAGCUAUAAAUCUUGCUUUUCUAGUACAAGAGUCUUUCCACAAUCCACUUGGUACAUUUUACAUGUUUGAAUGUAUGAAUUUCGUUCAUUAUUCAUAUAGGAAGUACUCCCUUCAUAUUUUUGAUUUUA